UCUUUUGACCGGGCAUGAUAAUGAAGAGCAACUUCGCUUUAUUCAGAAGUCUGUCUCUCAAAGCUUAGCCUCAGGAGGGUUUCCUUUAAGAAAAUAUAGGUCCAACUUACCUUCUAUACUCACUGCGGAAGCCAACAACACCGAGGGUAAUCUGAUGCUCAGUGCUGCCACUGACACCCUUGGUCUUGACUGGGAUCCAUCAGUGGACGUUCUACGCUUCACUAUUGAAAUGAACCAAGUCGAAACCCUAACUAAGCGGAGUAUACUUUCAUCAACCUUUAAAAUAUUUGACCCGCUUGGUCUCGUCUCACCUUGUACAAUCAUACCUAAGCUUAUCAUUCAAGGCUUGUGGUCUUUGGGGCUAAAUUGGGACGAUCCUGCUCCUCAAGACAUACAGUCAACUUGGCAGAAGUUUGCUGACAACAUUAGUAGCAUUUCUGAGUUGUCGAUCCCUAGGCGAGUCUUGAUUGACAACUACGUAUCUGUAGAAAUGCAUGUCUUCUGUGACGCCUCUCAAAAGGCGUACGGUGCGGCUGUCUACCUCCGAUCUAUAGAUGCUGAGGGUAGAGUUUUAGUGCGUCUUCUCUGCGCUAAAAGUCGCGUCGCUCCCAUAAAAGUUGUCACUAUUCCGCGUCUAGAGUUAUGCGGCGCCCUUCUUGCAGCCCAAUUAAGCGUCACAGUGACUGACGCCCUCCGCUGCCAAAUAUCGCGUCAUGUCUAUUGGACUGACUCUAGCGUCGUGUUAUCGUGGCUAAAUACAAGCUCAAACAAAUUAAAAACGUUUGUUGCUAACAGGAUUAGCGAGAUAGGAGAACUAACUGACGUAUCUGCUUGGCGCCACGUUCCCACUUUGGAAAACCCAGCAGAUCUUCUAUCUCGCGGCGUUGAACCGAAUCGCAUCGGCGGCUGUUCCGCUUGGUGGCAAGGACCUACCUUCUUGCAAGGCCCUGAAGCAUCCUGGCCUUCGCUGAGCUCCACCCCCAAGCAAGACCCGCAAGAGUUGCCAGAAUUGAAAGUGAAUACAGUCACAAUCACGGAACCUUUCAUUCAAUUCUCGAACUUUUCAAAACUUUGCCGAUUACAACGAGCUUUAGCUUUUGUCAACAGGUUCAUCAACAAUUGCAGACAGCCUACCAACAAAUUAUCUGGUCCCCUCCAAGUUAAUGAAUUAAGUAAAUCAUUUGACACUCUAGUCAAAUUUUCCCAAAGCGAAUCCUUUGGUACUGAGAUAAGGCUAUUAGAGGACAAAAGGACUCUUAAUCGCAAAUCCAAUAUUAUCUCUCUUGAUCCCUUUCUUGAUACCCAAGGAAUUCUUAGAGUUGGUGGCCGCUUGGCAGGUGCUUCAGUAUAUACAUUCGACAAAAGGCACCCUAUAAUUUUACACGCGAACCACCCCUUUACUAGGCUGCUCUUUCGACAAGAGCAUCAGCUAUUGUUUCACGCUGCACCACAGUUAUUGUUAGGUGCCAUAAAGGAUCGCAUAUGGCCCAUAGGUGGAAGAAACCUAGCAAGGCGUACUUACCAUAUUUGUUCUGUCUGUAGGCGUUUUAGAGGCAAGACUCUUACUAAUAAAAUGGGCAAUCUGCCCGCUGAGAGAGUUACUCCUGACUACCCAUUUUACACAACUGGAACUGACUUUGCUGGUCCAUUCUUAAUCACCGAUCGUAAAGGCCGAGGAUGCAAGAUAACGAAGGCAUAUCUUUGCAUCUUCAUUUGCUUCCGAUACAAAUGCAUUCAUCUUGAAGCUGUCAGUCAGCUUUCUAAAGACGCCUUUAAUUUGUGCCUCCAAAGGUUUAUAUCCCGUCGCGGAAAACCUAAACAAAUCUUCUGCGACAAUGGUAGGAAUUUUGUUGCUACUGCAAAGGAAAUCAAUGAAUUUUUAAAGCUUAAUACGGAUGGCAUCAUCGAUUUUGCGGCCAACAAAGGUAUUGAAUUUCGCUUCUCUCCAGCAUACGCUCCUAACUUCGGUGGGCUGUGGGAGGCCGGUGUUAAAGCCGCUAAAUAUCAUUUAAAUAGGGUCCUAGGCAAUGCCCAUUUAACGUUCGAAGAAUUAUCGUCCCUAUUUAGUCAGAUCGAAGCCAUCCUAAAUAGCCGUCCCCUUUGUCCUUUGAGCUCAUCACCCCAAGAUUUCGCUCCUCUUACCCCGGGACACUUUUUGAUAGGUAGGCCACUCACUGCGUUACCUUCGCCGUGCCUACUAGACUCCAACACAAAUCGCCUCGACAGAUUCCAGCGCCUUGAACAGAUUCGACAGCAUUUUUGGAAGCGCUGGAGCUCCGAAUACGUCCCCGAAUUGCAGCAGCGUACGAAGUGGAAGCUCAGAUGCAAGGACCUUAAAUCGAAUGACCUUGUUCUACUGAAGGAGGAUUUCACGCCGCCACUCAACUGGCGCCUCGGCAGAGUCGAACAAAUCUUCCCAGGCACUGAUGGCAUCCCUCGAGUCGCCGAUAUUUCCACAGCUCGAGGCACAGUUCGUCGAGCCAUCAACCGCAUCUGUCUACUCCCGUCCCCAGAUGACGCAGAGUCUUGAAAGCUUCAGGAGCUUUCAAGGGUGGGGAGAAUGUUCACGCGAAACGGAACGCUUAAUACGAUUACCGGACGAGUAGAGCGACGUCACGGACCAAGUGUCAAAAAUAGCUCCACAUCAUCGUAUACCUGUCAAUACCUACUCCUAUCUCUACAAGACCGUUUGCGUGUCAUACACAUUUUGUAUUUU